AUGAGGGAUAAAAAACUACCUAUCGAGUGCCAUAAAGACUAUUCAGAAGCAAAAAAGGCUGCUAAAAUAUUAAGAGAAUUCACAGAAAUUACUUCCAGAAAUGGACCUGACAAGAUCAUUCCUGCCCAUAUAAUCGCCAAGGCGAAAGGACUCGCAGUCCUGUCUGUGGUCAAGGCUGGGUUCCUGGUGACAGCCAGAGGAGGCAGCGGCUUCGUGCUGGCACGGCGUACCGAUGGGAAAUGGUCCGCACCUUCUGCCAUUGGGAUAGCUGGCCUUGAAGCUUUUGCAAAGGGUGGUAAUCUGACACUCGGCGGGAACCUCACGGUGGCUGUCGGGCCUGUGGGAAGGAACUUAGAAGGGAAUGUUGCCCUGAGGAGCUCAGCUGCCGUCUUCACGUACUGCAAGUCCAGGGGUCUCUUUGCUGGUGUGUCUCUGGAGGGCAGCUGUCUGAUCGAAAGGAAAGAGACUAAUCGAAAAUUUUAUUGCCAAGAUAUUCGAGCUUAUGAUAUUUUAUUUGGAGAUAUACCGCCACCUGCUCAAGCAGAAGAUCUCUAUGAAAUUCUCUAUUCCUUUACUGAAAAGUAUGAAAAUGAAGGACAACGAAUCAACGCCAGGCAAGCAGCACGUGAGCAGCAGCGCAAGGCUAAAGAAUUACCCCCAAAACCAGGGUUGAGACCACAAAAGCCAUCGGCACCUGUCCACCUGACUUCUGGCUCUCAAAGUGACAGAAAUGAGUAUAAGCUCUAUCCUGAACUUCCUAGCUAUCAUGAGAGAGUUGGCAAUUCAAAUCUGCCGAUAGGAGGCUGA